UAUGAUGGACAGCUGUUACGAGACGCAGUUGCACUGGCUAAGCGAUGGAUCUCGGCAAACGAUUCGGAUUUGCCGAAAUUCACCGAUGCAGAUUUUAAGAAUCUCUCAUCUCCGCUCAAACUGAAGGUGUUGGAUACGAUUCGUACGGUACGUUUCAUGUCGUUUUGA